AUGGGCAGCUGGUCCGGCGCUCCGCUGCUGCUCCUGGCCGCGCUCGCCGCCUUGGCUCCGGCCGCCGCCAGCCCGCGCGAGAUCCCGGCCGCCGACGACCUGCUCUUCGCCGCUUUCUACACGAGCCCCAAGGAUGCAUGGCGUUUGCCUGGACAGUAUAUUGUGGUGCUUAAAGAGGAAGGCCUUAAACUCCAAGCAUCACAAACCGCCAAGCGUCUGCAAGCCAGAGCAGCCAAGCGUGGCUACCUAACCAAAAUCCUACAUAUCUUUGAGGAGUUAUUCCAGGGCUUUGUUGUGAAGAUGAGCAGAGAUCUGCUGCAGAUGGCUUUGUGGCUUCCACAUGUGCAUUACAUAGAAGAGGACUCCUACGUAUUUGCCCAAAGUGUUCCCUGGAACCUUGGCCGAAUUAUCCCAGUGCAGUACCAAUUAAAUGAGUACAAUCCUCCCAAUAAAGGUGACCUGGUUGAGGUUUAUCUACUAGACACCGGUGUUCAGAGCAACCACAGAGAAAUAGAGGGCAGGCUGUUUGUGACUGACUUUGAGAAUGUCCCAGAAGAGGAUGGUACUCGUUUUCAUCGACAGGCCAGUAAGUGUGACAGCCAUGGGACUCACUUGGCUGGAGUUAUAAGUGGGAGAGAUGCUGGUGUGGCCAAAGAAGCCAGUGUCCAUAGCCUCCGGGUGCUGAACUGCCAGGGGAAGGGCACUGUGAGUGGCACUCUGACAGGUCUGGAGUUUGUUAAAAAGACGCUGGCUGCCCAGCCCUACAGUCCUCUGAUUAUGUUCCUCCCUUUGGCUGGUGGCUACAGCCACAUCUUGAAUGAAGCUUGUCGCCUGAUGGUGCAGAUGGGGGUGGUGAUAAUUGCUGCAGCAGGCAACUACAAAGAGGAUGCUUGCCUAUACUCACCAGCAUCAGAACCAGAGGUUAUCACUGUUGGAGCCACCAAUGCCCAGGAUCAGCCCGCUUCCAUGGGAACCUUGGGAACCAACUUUGGCCGUUGUGUAGAUGUGUUUGCACCAGGAGAUGAUAUAAUUAGUGCCUCCAGUGACUGCAGUACCUGCUUCACAUCACAGAGUGGAACAUCCCAAGCAGCUGCACAUGUAGCAGGCAUUGCAGCCAUGAUCCUAAGCGCCAACCCUGCUCUGUCUGCCUCUGAGCUGAGACAGAGGCUGAUCCAUUUCUCCAUCAAAAAUCUUAUCAAUGAGGCCUGGUUCCCUGAAGACCAGAGGAUGAUCACCCCCAACAGAGUGGCUGGCAUUCCCUCCAAACUUGUAGCAGAUGAGCAGCUGUACUGCCGCUCUGUGUGGUCAUCCUUAUCCGGUUCCAGUCAUGCAGCAAUAGCGAUUGCCCACUGCAACAGCAAUGAAGAAAUGUUUAGCUGCUCAAGCGUAUCCAAAAAUGGCAAGCGACAAGGCGAGCACAUUGAGGAUCAUGGAGGCAGAAAGGAGUGUGUAGCUCAUAAUAAGCUUGGAGGGCAAGGCAUUUAUGCUAUAGCCAGGUGUUGCAUUUGGCCCAAAGCUGGCUGCCAAAUUAGCACCUACACACAGACUGCAGAAGAUACAGCAGUGAGAAGUGUCAGCUGCACUGAAGACAGCCGUGUUUUGACAGGUUGCAGCUCCUAUUCUUUGGAUCGAGAAUUCAGUGAAAACAUCAGACCUGUACUAAGGACAAAGAGCAACCAUGACCAAUGCAUAGGUGAGGCAGAUGCAACUCUGCAUGCCUCAUGCUGUCAUGCACCUAACCUUGAGUGCAAGGUACAAGAAUACUCUCCUGUGGAUUUCCCAACUAAGGUGAUGGUGACUUGUGAUGAUGGUUGGACUCUGACAGGAUGCAAUGCAUAUUCUCAUGGUCCCAAUACCUUUGGUGUGUACUCCAGAGACAACACCUGCAUAAUAAUGAGCAGCCCACAUGGCAGAAGAGCAGUGGCUGUUGGCAUCUGCUGUAGGAGACAACUCUUGGAUAGUGAGGAUCAAAGUUCCAGUUAUAAAUGACACUUCUACUCUGUGUGGGACCGGUUUCAAAAUUAUGACAUGAAACUACAGAAAACUACCCUCUAACACCACCCUGGUGAGCUUUCCACCACACCCAGUUACACCUGACAUCAUUCCUCACAGAUGGGACCUCCAAGGCAGGUAGAAAUUGAACAUGCUGUCACAAUUUUUUUUGAGCACCAUAUUAAUAUAAAAUUUAGACCCCAACGCCAUCAUUAUUCCCAAGUCCACUUUGAGGAGAUGGUCAACCGGUUAAUAUCAACACAAAACAUAUCUUUGGACCAUCAGCUUUGUCAGUGUUACUGUUAUCUGCUGCACUGCUAGUAGCGUCUAGAUUUUCAAAAUGUGACCUGGUGGCAACUGUCACUCUUCAGCAUCCGUUCAUAAUGUCCGAACCAGCAGGGUAUCAGACUGAUAAUGUUCACAUACCCCUCAGUUCCAAUAUGAACUAUCCAAGUAGGCAGGUUGACUAAAGAUGGUCUGGAUGGAUUGGGUGGGGUUUUGCUCAAAAUAAUGGAAACAAGCAUGUACAUUUAAUUUUUCUGCUUCCAAAUAUUUCAAAAACUUUUUAGAAAGUAUUUCACUGGGAACAGAGAUAAAGAAUAGGAACAAAAUGUGGUAGCAAUAGCAAAGAUUUUUUGCAGAAAACUGAAACCUGGCCCCCGAAGAAGCCAUUUGUAAGGGAAAGUCCUGAUCAUACUUUGAAAAUCAGUAUUUUUUUAGAGUUCUACCCAUGCUAUGGCUGGUUUCUUUGUUAAGCAGUACAUUAGGGCACUGUACCUCUCAGACUCAACUUAGCCUGUAAUCCAUUUUGUGAAUAUUAGAAUUCUCAACUUCACACCCAGGGAACUUGACAAGGUUAGCAGCACAAACUGAA